AUGAUAGAGAUGCAGAUUGUCAGUAAUAGUGAGAACAAUAAAUUCUGAAGAAGAAUUACCGUGGGAGCUCAGAUGCAGGGAGAUUAUGCAGCUGCUAGGACUGGAGGAGUUUCGACUAUAUGACAAAUUCAGAGAAAUUGAAGAUGGUGAUUGAAGGCUAAAGAUAGCAGAAGCUGUGAGAAAAGCAAACAUGAUGGAGUCCAUGCACAGGCUACAAGAAGAAACUGAGAAAACGACCAAAUUAUAUAG